AUGGGCAAGCGAGCCGCCGUCACCACGAAAGCAGCGGCUCAGAGCCUGCGGCGAGCCAGUGCUUCCACGUACCAUGCGGCAGAAGCGCUGGGCUGCACUCGGGAGGCGCUGCGACAAGCAACGAAGCGCCUCACGAAACCUGAGACAACCUUCCGAAUAGUUCCUUACGGUGAAGACCGCAUAGCCAUGGCUAGCGUGCCCCGGCUGCUGCAAUGCCUCUGCGCAGAGGUGCCGCCGCUGGCGGAGGCACUGUGUGCUGCGCAACGCAAGGCAGCGCAGCAUCCGCUGAACCUCGUGCUCUCUUUUGACGAAACAACCGCUGGGAAUGUGCUAGCUCCGGACCCACUGAAAAAAAGCUGCUUGCUUUAUGCUGCGGUGAAAGAGCUGGGCACCCAAGCAGCUGCACUGUGGCUGCCUGUCGUUGUCAUCGGCACAGACGUCCUUAAGAACCAGAUGCAAGGAAGCCUUGGCCCCGUGCUGCGGCAAUUCCUUCGCUUCGCCGCCGAAGACAAGCUGGAAGAGGGAUGCCUCAUAGAGUGCUCCAGCAGCUUCUUUCUCCGAAUGAAGCUCAGCGCUGUCAUCGCGGACGGAGAAGCUAUUCGCCAGGCACUGAACUGCAAAGGCGCUUCGGGCCUGAAGCCAUGCCAUGUUUGCAAGAAUGUGCUCAUGAAAGGUCAUCCUCUUCUACAAGCAGCUCACGUUGACGGAUACGUCUGCGACAUCUGCUCGGCCGAAGUGGAGAAGUGGGACCCGAUCGGUGAUGAUGAACUCUUCAACUGGUGUGACUUGCAGCAUGCACGGAAAGGCCAGAUAUCCGCCAGUCUCUUUGCCGAGGAAGAGAUGCUCAGCGGAAUAGCGUACAACCCCGAAGGGUUGCUUCAAGAUGACUUUGCGAGGAGACAACUCCCGCCGAGCAAGUUUUUCUUCGACGUUUUGCACGUGUACUACACGGCCGGAGGCUGUGCAGCAGUGGAGAUGGCAGCCAUCAUCCACGAGGCAGAGCGAGUGCUGCAGCUAUCUGCAGACUCAUUGGCUUCGCUCCUGGAAGAGUUGCCAUGGCAAGUUCCAAGCCACGUGCUCGGAUUGUCUGGCCCCCGCUCUAGAGCAAGACUCCUGCAGUCAGCGAGGCUCCCUGCGAAGUCCUACAAAGGAAAAGCAGCUCACGUCAUGCAACUGCUACCCAUGAUCCCUGCCUUGCUGGAACUGUUGGAUGACUGCGAAGGGCUCCUGAAGCCUUUGGCAAGCUUCGAAGCUUUGCUGAAGAUUCACUGGGAACUCAGCAACCUGAAGCGAUUGGAAACCAUCCCCGACACUGCGAGACUGCAGCAGCUCCAGCUGGAGCACCACGGCCUCUGCAUCGCUGCUUAUGGUGAAGGAAUAAUGAAGCCAAAGCACCACUGGCGGCAUCAUGCAGCCAAGCAGAUAGAAGCCUGGGGAGCCUACAUCGAUACAAGCGCUCCUGAGGCGAAACAUCAAGUCUACAAGGGAGUUGCAAACAAGAACUUGGAUCUCUUGGUGUCCUCACCAAAAUGGUCCAAAGCAGUGUUGAGCCGCAUGCUCUGCUCCUGCUUCGAGCAGUUGCAGACGCACUUCGACAGCCGUGCCAAGGUUUGCUGCGGAAAGGAAAAGAAGGUCCAAUGGGGCCAGCAGACUCUCAGGACAUUCCAAGCAGUCCAAUGGAAAGGCUUGCACUGGAAGCCAGGUGAUUUCCAGCUGGAGCCUUUCCCAGGCAUGGUCGUGCGCUGCUGCGUGAGCUCUGCUGAAAAACCAUUCCUGUUGCUGAGGGAAUAUGUCAUGGAGCAGAAAACUCGUUUCAGCCAAGUCUUUCGCAGUACAGCUAGGGUGCGACAGUUGCACGACAUAUGUCGUUCCAAACUGGCUUCCUGGUGGCUCAUCGAAGACGAUGGUCUCUUGAGAGCUUUGCGGUAA